AUGGGUUCGACUACAACAACGCCUGGCUCUCAGCCUGUGGUGUCUCACGAUACCGCCCGCGAGCUUCUCGAAUAUUUCCACAUUGGAACGCCGAUCAUUCUGCUCGUAGUGUUCAUCACCUCUUUUAUCGUGAGCUCUGUGAGGUCUGCGAAACGUCUAUCCACAAAUGGCAGUGCCGUCACAACUGGGCCUGGUGGCAGGCCCCUUCCCAAGCGGACCAGAAGUACGAUGGUCGUGACUAAAGAACCUCGACCAUUCAGUCCAUGGACGCAGCUUCUUUUCAAGUGGUUGAGCGUUGCGGUCUUGGUCACUUUCGUUGCAGACGCUGCGAUUGUUAUGACGCACGUGAUCCUCUGUCGUUCGGAGCACUGGUGGUGUGGUCAGUCAUACGUGAUUUACAUUAUCGGAUCCUUCUUCGUUUACGCUGUCAUUCUCAUAUCCUUACUGGACACAAAGCCAGCGCCAACAUUUGCACAGCUGGUGCCAUGGUCGGCAGCAAUUCCAUUAGAACUCAUCCUCCUUGCUGUCUCCUUAUCGAUCUAUACGACCCCUCAUCAUGAACCAAUUGUGGGAGACCCCGAUGGCGGUCCUCUGGUGCGAGGCAUCACUCUAUGGGAGUCUAUGCAAGUGGCAUCCGGUGUAGUGCGUAUACUGGUCCUGAUGGCCCUCGUUCUAACUUACGCCAUCAACUCCAUGUCCGGUAUCCGAGGACGGAAAGCAGCUACCCGCCUAGCAAAUUCACCCAGUGAGACUACUGGACUGCUUAACCACUCAGCCGCAGAAACCGGUGUCGCAAACAAUCAUUAUGGCUCAACGCAAGCCAAUGGAAACCAGAGCACUUCCAAGCCAGCUGAUCCUUGGGUGCGCCCGACUACGAUCCCCUCUACCAGCUGGUGGGAAUAUCUGAGCGGAUACUCCUUGUUUUUCCCGUACCUCUGGCCCGCCAAGUCUCGACGCUUGCAGAUUAUUGUGGUGGUCUGUUUUGGCUUGAUCCUCCUUCAGCGUGUCGUCAACGUUCUCGUUCCAUAUCAGGUCGGUAUCAUCACAAACAUACUGUCAAGAGAAGAAGGUGGCGAUUUCCGGGUUCCGUGGUUCGAUAUUUGUCUGUAUAUCCUCUUCCGAUGGCUCCAGGGAAGCCAGGGUCUCAUCGGGUCCCUCCGUUCCAGUCUGUGGAUCCCUGUCGGACAAUAUUCGUACAUGGAGCUUUCUACGGCUGCUUUCGAGCAUGUCCAUGGACUCAGCCUUGACUUCCACCUGGGUAAAAAGACGGGAGAAGUUCUUUCCGCCCUCUCGAAGGGAAACUCCAUCAACACCUUCCUCGAACAGGUCACGUUCCAGGUUGUUCCUAUGUUGAUCGAUCUCUGUGUUGCAAUUGGCUAUUUCCUCGUUGCUUUCGACGCCUACUACGCAUUGGUCGUCGCCAUCGUCACAUUCUGCUACUUGUAUGUGACUGUUAGAAUGGCUCAAUGGCGAGCUGAAAUCCGGAGGCAGAUGGUCAAUGCUUCAAGGCAAGAGGAUGCCGUCAAGAACGACUCCAUGGUCUCAUAUGAGACAGUCAAAUAUUUCAAUGCGGAGCAGUACGAAUUUAAUAGGUAUCGUGGGGCUGUCAAGGACUUCCAGAAGGCCGAAUAUCAUGUUCUGUUCUCGCUUACUCUGAUGAAUACCUGCCAAAACACCGUGUUCAUGCUGGGUUUACUUAUUACCUGCUUUAUUGCCGCUUAUCAGGUCUCGAUUGGACAGCGCAAAGUGGGCCAGUUUGUCACGCUUUUGACUUACAUGGCCCAGUUACAGGGACCGUUGAAUUUCUUCGGUACCUUCUAUCGAUCUAUCCAGUCAGCCUUGAUUAAUUCUGAACGAAUGCUCGAGCUGUUCAGGGAACAACCCACUGUCGUGGAUAGUCCCUCAGCCGCCCCGAUGCCUGUUUGCAAAGGCGAUAUCUCAUUCGAAAAUGUCGAAUUUUCAUACGAUACGCGGAAACCUGCCUUGAACGGUCUGACCUUUCACUGCGCCCCUGGAACCACUACUGCUCUCGUUGGAGAGUCAGGGGGUGGAAAAUCCACAGUAUUCCGCUUACUUUACCGUUUCUACAAUUCUAACAGAGGCCGAAUCCUGGUGGACCGUCAGGAUGUUAAGGGAAUAACGAUUGAUUCUCUUCGACGCCAUAUUGGUGUUGUGCCGCAGGACACUGUCCUUUUCAACGAGACUUUGAUGUACAACCUGAAGUAUGCGAACCCGAACGCGACCGACGAUGAUGUCUACCAAGCGUGCCGGGCUGCUAGCAUCCACGACAAGAUUCUCUCGUUCCCAGACGGCUACCAGACGAAGGUUGGAGAGCGCGGUCUCCGUCUGAGUGGAGGCGAGAAGCAGCGGGUUGCUAUUGCUCGGACUAUCCUCAAGGAUCCUCGCAUAAUUCUUCUUGAUGAGGCUACUGCUGCUCUUGAUACGGAAACAGAGGAGCAUAUCCAAGGCGCGCUAUCUACGCUAUCCCGUGGGCGCACCAUGUUGGUCAUUGCCCAUCGCCUCAGCACUAUUACUACUGCCGAUCAAAUCCUCGUCCUCCAUGACGGCCAGGUUGCCGAAAGCGGAACACACGAUCAGCUUCUUGCUAUGAAGGGCCGCUACGCGAGCAUGUGGCGCAAACAAAUCCGUGCACAGAAGGCAGCUGCUGAAGCGCAGGUCCUACAGGAUCGCGCGCAACGUCUUCGGAGUGCAUCGACCACCGCUAAUGGAGAUGAUAGCUCUAGUCAGUCUGAUGAGGAGCGCAACGGUGCUGUCCAGGGCCCAGGUGGUCGCGAGGGCGAUGCGGGAAAUGGAGAUGCGCAGAAAUCCCGAGACCACUGA